AUCAAUUUUGACUUGGUUGCUACUACCAUACUCUUUGAAUAGCCUUCAAAUAUGACAAAUUUACAAAAACACCCUUCCCCAACUACCACCACCAUGUCUCUACCCAACUCAAGUACCAAAUUCACACAAGAAAAACAACAUCAACAACAACCCCCAAAUUAAUAACCCUUUCUUUCUCACUAUAAAACCCUCCCCAAACUCUUCCACGUUCUUCAGUUCACGCCACCCUCUCUCUCUCAAAGCGUGACCUUCAAAAAAUAAAAAAUAAAAAUCAUCAUCAUCAACAACAAAACAAACACAACAACAACAACAACGUCAAAAAAACACAAUGUCUCUCUCUUCAACUUCAAACUCUCUCAUUCCACCAACCAAAUCAUUAAUCCCACAACAACCUCAUUCCUCUCUCACCAACCAAUCCUCAUUUCCAAUCGGGCUCAAGCCCAAGCCCAAGCCCAAUUCAAUCCUCGCCGUCCACGCCGCCGAGCCUGCAAAAAACCCAGUCGUGACUGAAAAGCCGUCAAAACCUCAACCAACAACCAUUCCUCCUCGUAAUGUCGCUUCCACAAAAUGGACAAUCGACAGCUGGAAAUCGAAGAAGGCUUUACAGCUUCCCGAGUACCCUAAUCAGGAGGAACUUGAAGCGGUUCUCAAAACUCUCGAUGAUUUCCCUCCGAUCGUUUUCGCCGGUGAAGCUAGAACUUUGGAGGAACAUUUGGGUGAUGCUGCUAUGGGAAACGCGUUUCUUCUUCAGGGUGGUGAUUGUGCUGAAAGUUUUAAGGAGUUUAAUGCUAAUAAUAUUCGUGAUACUUUCAGAAUUAUUCUUCAGAUGAGUGUUGUUAUGAUGUUUGGUGGUCAAAUGCCGGUUAUUAAGGUGGGGAGAAUGGCCGGUCAAUUUGCGAAGCCAAGAUCAGAUAAUUUUGAGGAGAAGAAUGGUGUGAAGCUUCCGAGUUACAGAGGGGAUAACAUCAACGGUGAUACGUUUGAUGAGAAAUCAAGGACUCCAGAUCCUCAGAGGAUGAUUCGUGCUUAUUGUCAAGCUGCAGCUACUCUGAAUCUUCUUAGAGCUUUUGCUACGGGUGGUUAUGCUGCUAUGCAGAGGGUUACUCAAUGGAAUUUGGAUUUCACUGAACAAAGUGAGCAAGGAGACAGGUACCGAGAGCUUGCUAACCGAGUUGAUGAGGCCCUGGGAUUCAUGGCGGCUGCUGGGCUCACAGUUGACCAUCCAAUAAUGAGAACAACUGAUUUCUGGACAUCUCAUGAAUGCUUGUUAUUGCCAUAUGAACAAUCACUCACUAGGUUGGAUUCAACAUCUGGUCUCUAUUAUGACUGCUCGGCCCAUAUGAUUUGGGUCGGUGAAAGGACCAGGCAGCUGGAUGGUGCCCAUGUUGAAUUUCUUAGAGGAGUCGCCAAUCCUUUGGGAAUCAAGGUAAGUGACAAGAUGGACCCAAAUGAGCUUGUUAAACUCAUUGAGAUCUUGAAUCCCCAAAACAAACCAGGGAGAAUUACUGUUAUCACUAGGAUGGGAGCUGAAAAUAUGAGGGUGAAGCUUCCACAUCUAAUCAGGGCCGUACGCAGAGCGGGACAAAUUGUGACAUGGGUCAGCGAUCCUAUGCAUGGAAACACCAUCAAGGCUCCAUGUGGUCUUAAAACUCGCCCCUUCGAUGCCAUCAGGGCUGAAGUGAGAGCAUUCUUCGAUGUUCACGAACAAGAAGGAAGCCACCCAGGAGGAGUUCAUCUUGAGAUGACAGGUCAAAACGUGACUGAGUGCAUUGGCGGGUCAAGGACAGUCACAUUUGACGACCUUAGCUCACGCUACCACACACACUGCGAUCCGAGACUCAAUGCUUCACAAUCUCUUGAGCUUGCAUUCAUCAUUGCUGAAAGGCUAAGAAAGAGUAGAAUCAGAUCACAGCCUCCUCUUACCUCCGGUGGACUGUUUUAGAAAGCCUUUGAAGAAAAUCUCAACAAAAUGAUACCUUUGUUCUUUUUCUUUUUUAUUUUCCUAUAUAUUUAACAAUGGAUACCACUUUUAUUGUUGGACAUUGAUGUGGUGGACUUGGAAUUGUUUGUUAGCUCUAGUUAGCUAUGUUUGUAUUGUGUUUGUUGUAUUUGUAUACUGCCUAGCAAUGCUUUUGAACUUGGGGGAAGGACUAAGAGUGCUUUAUUAAUAAAGGAAACUAUAAAAAGUUUCUAUUGCAUUUUGCAAA